AUGAAGAUUGAGACGGACUUCAAGCUUAAGGAUGCACUCAUAGCCAUGGGAGUCUCGAAGAUGUUCAGCGACGAGGCAAAUUUAGCUGGUAUCACCAAGGAACCUCCACUUAAAGUUUCCAAUGCUGCUCACAGAGCUAUUAUUGAGGUAGACGAGGAAGGAACAACAGCAGCGGCCGCCACACUCUUCAAAGUCAUACCAUUGUCUGCAGUUAUGGAUGAACCGGUGAAAUUCCGAGCCGAUCAUCCGUUUUUGUUCAUUCUUACCAAAGGAUAA